AUAAGACCGGGGUUUAUUCCAAUUGAACCAAAGCUUGGUGCUCGGUUAGAAUGUUGGUGGGAUGACAGUCAUAUCAAUGCGCUGGAAUUGCUGUGGGUAAGACUGUAGUGCUGACUAGCCUCUGUUGUCUCCCCUCCCCCUUCCUCUCCACAGCUCAUAGUAGGGAUCAUCCAGGCAGCGGACCUUCCAGCCAUGGACAUGGGCGGCACCUCUGACCCCUAUGUCAAGGUCUACCUGCUGCCUGACAAGAAGAAGAAGUUUGAGACCAAGGUCCACCGGAAGACCCUCAACCCCACCUUCAACGAGCAGUUCCAAUUCAAGGUAGUUAUUCAAGGUAUAAGAGUAGACUAGACAAUACUUCAUCCAUGCUACUCUCAAAACCUUGGCUUGUGUAGUAGUAGUAGUAGUAGUCGUAGUAGUUGUAGUUGUAGUUGUAGUUGUAGUAGUAGUAGUAGUAGUAGUAGUAGUAGAAGUAGUAGUAGUAGUAGUAGUAGUAGUAGUAAAGGAAUAGGACAAAUACACAAACCACACAUUGCACACAGUAGUUUAAGCAGGUUGUGUUUAUUCGUUCUAUACUGACAAAGUCAUUUGCAUCCUGUGGUGUGAUCGCUCGGUAAGGUGUGUAGACACGGAGUAGCUGGCCCAGUAACAAGUUGCUGACAGACUGUCUCUUCGUCCACACAGCCUCUGUAUGAUUAGGAUUCACACAGGCAGAUGCAACGCUCCAUCUCACCUUUUUCUCUCUCUUUUUCUUGUUUUGAUUUGGCCUAAAUUUGAGCAAACGUUUCUCAGUUUCGGAUAUGUGAUUGUAGCUACAGUAUCUCAGCUGUGGAGGAAGAGUUGUGGCAUCACCCAGCAGUAAAAAGAGCACAGGUGUUUGUCUGCAGCAGUUGCCAGAUUGGUUAACCAGUAGCAUCAUUAUUUUGGAAUUCAGAAAACAUGGUAGAUCUGUGAACCUUUAUUUAUCCCACCGGCGCCUACUUGUAAUCACAAGUGGCUCCAUUAUUGAAAUGAAGGAGCAAGGAGUAUUCUUUGGUCAUGGUGAUGAUAGUGUCAAGGACAAACUUCGGAAGUCUUAUCUCUUUUCUAGCCAAUCAGGCAGUCCCGGUGUAUAAUGAGCUUUGUCUGGAGAACAGCUCAAUUGGAGGCAAUCAAGAAUCAAAUCCCAGACACCACCCUUCUCCCCCCCCCAUCCCCUCUUCACCAUCCCCUCCACCAGCACCCCUUCCUUCACCCCAGAUCUCUGGCAGAUAAGAGUGACUACCGCCUGUCCGUCACAGACAGGACUUGAGGAGGAAGGAGAGGAGGAGGAGGGGGUUUGAUUGAUUUGUAAUGCUCUAGACCUAGAACUUCCCCAACUCGAGACGACUCCUCUCUAUUACUUGACAAGCAAUACCAGUGCCUGGGAGUAGCAGGACAGAUACAGUGCAACCUGCUUUGAUGCAGUGUGCCAAUCUGGCAGCCAUUUUGGAAAGCACCACUAUCACCACUAUGCUAGUACAGUUGUCAACAAUAGACUACUUCGAUUUAUCCGUAGUUUGAGAUCAGUAAGUUCCACCAGAAGUCACUUCAUUAGAGAUAGGUUUCAAGUUCGGUCAAACUCUCUUCUCGUGGUUCUAUGCAUAAUUUCAGUCCUCAUGGUUCUCCCCAGGUGCCCUACGUCGAGCUGGGAGGCAAGACGCUGAUGAUGACGGUGUAUGACUUUGACCGCUUCUCCAAGCACGACGCCAUCGGAGACGUGAAGCUGCCCAUGAACAAGAUUGACUUUAGUCACGUGACAGAGGAGUGGCGGGAUCUUGUGAGCGCCGAGAAGGAGGAGGUAAAUAAUAACUCUAAAAGUUCACACAUCAGAAACUCCUGAUAUUUUCUUCCCCAAAGUUACGACAGUUGACUACCAGGAUGUGUUAGCACCAAGGUAACAGUUCAUUUCUAGAAAAUCCACGAUCCGGCAUUUUUAAUGAAACAUUUUAUUACACAACAAUCUUAUGACUAUGUUAAACAUGUUUUACCUGGGAUUGAAGAGUGAGCUCAGUGCCAUACAGUAGUUGGGGGUAUUCCAUAUCUCUUGGAAAAUGUCACUUAGUUAUCCCUCCAUGCUUCUCAUUCUGUUAAUAACGUGUGAUUUCCCAAGCAGUGGUGCAGGAGAUUAAAUGUUCAAGGUAAAUGUCAUGGCGUACAGCAUUUAAGCGUGGGUUGCUAGGGGAACCUUGUUUUUAAUGGCAUGCUUGGUUCAUAUAAAUGUACAUUUUCAUACCUGUGGUGCCAGAGAGUGGAAGGGCAUCUCAAUCUGCAGCGUUAUUUCAGAACCAGACAAGCUACACCUGAUAAUUUCACGCAAGGCUGGAGACACUGUCUUAACGCCCUUAAAGUGUUACAGUCGCUCAAUUGAGUGGGCUUUCGCUGAAGGACCUUGAAAUGUUUUGAUUUGAUUUGAAAAGGCCACUUUCACCAUCGUGAGCACCAUUUUAAAUACUAUAUGAUUAUACAAAUGUUGAAAUGUGAUCAUUAUGUGAAAACUUUAAGGAUAAUGUGACACACCAAGCAACUUCUGUGGGUGUAUAAGAGACAAUAGGGUCAAGAAGAAGUUCCUGUCCUCAUUGAAGGUGUGUAACAGUGACUGAAAGGAAUGUUUCACACAUCAGCCAUGCCUCAGUGGCUGCAAAUUACACCCAACGAGGUCCUAGCGGCUAGCCAGAGAUCCUCUGAACAGCCCAACCACUAGUCUGGUCCCAGAUCUGUUUGCCAACUCCUUUUUCUCCCCAUACAUGUACAUGUUUGGCACGACCACACUAGACUAAGGGCAAAGUAGGUCCUUCAGAAUGGUUCCAAUAUCCACUCCAAAUUGAUGGACACAUUACCCAUAUCUAUGCAAAUAUAUGCAUGCAGGGUAUUAUUUAAGCAAUAAGCAAUAAGGCCUGAGGAGGUGUGGUAUAUGGCCAAUAUACCACGACUAAGGGCUGUUCUUAUGCACGACGCAAAGCGGAGUGCCUGGGCACAGCCCUUAACCGUGGUAUAUUGGCCAUAUACCACAAACCCCUGAGGUGCCUUAUUGCUAUUAUAAACUGGUUACACACGUAAUUAGAACAGUCAUUUUUAACAGUUUUUACUGUUCUAAUUACGUGUGUAACCAGUUUAUAAUAGCAAUAAGGCACCUCGGGGGUUUGUGGUAUAUGGCCAAUAUUGAUUGUGGUAUAUGGCCGUUUCUGAUUGGCUUGAAGGGCAUUCUAGAGCAUGCAUUAUUUCCCUAUAAUGCACGGUAUAUUAGCACUGUAGAAUUCAAUGGCUAUUUCAUUCUUAUAUGUUCUAUGUUUGAGCUGCUUUUGAAAGCAGAUGUCGAAUUGAAAACAUUGUUGAAUUCGAUUUUCAUAAUAGUAAGCUAGGACUGAUGGUUUGGUUAGCUAAACUAGCGAGUCUGUUUGUUGGGUUACCAAGGCAACUACUGUCGCUAUCUAGUAAACUUGCUAGCUACUUCAGUGGAUGUUGAACACAUUUCUACCUGCAAAUGAACAAUUUGUAUUGGCAAAUGUGUGAAAUUAUAGCCAUGGUAUGAAAGGGAUAAUCAACUCAGAGCUCUAUGCGCUCUCUGGAAAAUAAUGCAACUCAAUGGAAGGUCAGUUGCACGCCGCUAGCGCGUCGUGGAACACACCUUCCACGUCGUUCAUUAUUUUCCACAGAGCGCAUAGCCCCUCGUUGAUUAACCCUUACAUAUACAGUCGGUCUGUGGUAAAGAUAAUAUGGCGGCAUUCUGUUCACAUAACUUUAAAAUGAGGUCAAACACUGCCAGAAUAAUAGAUGGAAUCCAGAUGAAUUCAGAUGGAAUCCAAUCUUUUUUAAGCGACACAUGAUCAACAUAUCAGGGUGUUUCAUAAUUUGUUUGUUUCCACCGUGUAUUCUUCUAGAAAUAAAGGUUACUUACAAUGGCGUCUGUUGUCGAGAAGAAAAGUGAUGCGGUGACAAUUGGAUUUACCUGCGAACGUGCUUUGAAAAAACACACCCAUAUUCACUGACCAUGCAUUUUAUUAGCUACAAAAUGUUAGACUCAUCCUCGUAGGUUGUGUGACAGUGUUAACAUAGCGAAAACAACCUCAUCCUGGCGGGUCAAACAUGCUCUCGGCAGUGGAGGGUCUAGCAGCUCAAAAAACAGUGCUGGCCUUUCUCAGUUAUUUAUGGAUAUAUUAGACCGUGAUGGCUUCAUACAAGCAUGAUUUACAGUGGGGGAAAAAAGUAUUUAGUUAGCCACCAAUUGUGCAAGUUCUCCCACUUAAAAAGAUGAGAGAGGCCUGUAAUUUUCAUCAUAUGUACACGUCAACUAUGUCAGACAAAUUGAGAGAGAAAAAUUCAAGAAAAUCACACUGUAGGAUUUUUAAUGAAUUUAUUUGCAAAUUAUGGUUGAAAAUAAGUAUUUGGUCACCUACAAACAAGCAAGAUUUCUGGCUCUCACAGACCUGUAACUUCUUCUUUAAGAGGCUCCUCUGUCCUCCACUCAUUACCUGUAUUAAUGGCACCUGUUUGAACUUGUUAUCAGUAUAAAAGACACCUGUCCUCAACCUCAAACAGUCACACUCCAAACUCCACUAUGGCCAAGACCAAAGAGCUGUCAAAGGACACCAGAAACAAAAUUGUAGACCUGCACCAGGCUGGGAAGACUGAAUCUGCAAUAGGUAAGCAGCUUGGUUUGAAGAAAUCAACUGUGGGAGCAAUUAUUAGGAAAUGGAAGACAUACAAGACCACUGAUAAUCUCCCUCGAUCUGGGGCUCCACGCAAGAUCUCACCCCGUGGGGUCAAAAUGAUCACAAGAACGGUGAGCAAAAAUCCCAGAACCACACGGGGGGACCUAGUGAAUGACCUGCAGAGAGCUGGGACCAAAGUAACAAAGCCUACCAUCAGUAACACACUACGCCGCCAGGGACUCAAAUCCUGCAGUGCGAGACGUGUCCCCCUGCUUAAGCCAGUACAUGUCCAGGCCCGUCUGAAGUUUGCUAGAGUGCAUUUGGAUGAUCCAGAAGAGGAUUGGGAGAAUGUCAUAUGGUCAGAUGAAACCAAAAUAUAACUUUUUGGUAAAAACUCAACUCGUCGUGUUUGGAGGACAAAGAAUGCUGAGUUGCAUCCAAAGAACACCAUACCUACUGUGAAGCAUGGGGGUGGAAACAUCAUGCUUUGGGGUUGUUUUUCUGCAAAGGGACCAGGACGACUGAUCCGUGUAAAGGAAAGAAUGAAUGGGGCCAUGUAUCGUGAGAUUUUGAGUGAAAACCUCCUUCCAUCAGCAAGGGCAUUGAAGAUGAAACGUGGCUGGGUCUUUCAGCAUGACAAUGAUCCCAAACACACCGCCCGGGCAACGAAGGAGUGGCUUCGUAAGAAGCAUUUCAAGGUCCUGUUGUGGCCUAGCCAGUCUCCAGAUCUCAACCCCAUAGAAAAUCUUUGGAGGGAGUUGAAAGUCCGUGUUGCCCAGCGACUGCCCCAAAACAUCAUUGCUCUAGAGGAGAUCUGCAUGGAGGAAUGGGCCAAAAUACCAGCAACAGUGUGUGAAAACCUUGUGAAGACUUACAGAAAACAUUUGACCUGUGUCAUUGCCAACAAAGGGUAUAUAACAAAGUAUUGAGAAACUUUUGUUAUUGACCAAAUACUUAUUUUCAACCAUAAUUUGCAAAUAAAUUCAUUAAAAAUCCUACAAUGUGAUUUUCUGGAAUUUUUUUUCUCAUUUUGUCUGUCAUAGUUGACGUGUACCUAUGAUGAAAAUUACAGGCCUCUCUCAUCUUUUUAAGUGGGAGAACUUGCACAAUUGGUGGCUGACUAAAUACUUUUUUCCCCACUGUAUAUCAGUGUUUUCUUUUCUCAGUCUCUCUGCCCACGCCUCCCCAGGAGGAGUGUGUAUUUAUGUUGGAUGAAGCUGGAACCUCAGUCAUUAAAGUGAGAGUCUAUUUAGUCCCGUCGGCUCUGGGCUGAGUGUACAGGCCAGGCACAGCUAGAUACACUGACUGAGUAAUGGCAACCCAGGCUGAGAAGAAACCUGCCCCAUAUACAACUCACAUCUGGCAACCUUAUUACAAUCUCAUCACAUAUAUUUAGUUUUAGGGAAUAGGUCUUGAUUCUAAUUUGAUGAAAGACCUCUGGUAUAUAAAGCAAUAAUCAGUCUUCGGGCCUCCUUGGCCAUUGAUUUAUGAUGUGUAUUCAUAAUGGCUGUCUCCAAUCAUCUGCUGGUUAGACCUGGGACACUUAUUGAGCGCCAGACUGUUCUACUUGUUAAUAUGGGUAAUGUCAGAAAUAUGUAUCCCAUUUUUAAUCUGUUCACUCUGUGAUUACCAUUAUUUAUUUAUAUGUUGAUGUGCAUGACACAAGGGAAUGAUUGAUGAAGUUCUGGCUCUCAACAGCUAUAACCUCAACCAACUACCCCUACAACAGGGGUGCCCCCCAACUACAUUCAGCCGCGGCCCGUUUUGUUCUUGAGUGGAUGGUCGGGGGGCCCGAAUAUAAUUACAAAUAAUUUGCUAAAUUGACCGCAAGAAGCCCAAACAGAUACUGUGUAAUAUAUGACUAAAACAUAAUCAUUUCAAACCUUGAUUACAUUGGGAUAUGAUCACAUUAUGCGUAUGAAUACUUGGGAACAGAUCUCCUAAAGUAAAAUCACUUGGAGCUGAUUUCCUGGUGUUUUGUUACAGUAUUUUAUAUCCCCACCCCCCCCCAAAAAAAGAAAUUGCUCAGAAGUAAAAUAAUGUAAUAAUAAUAAUAUGCCAUUUAGCAGACGCUUUUAUCCAAAGCGACUUACAGUCAUGUGUGCAUACAUUUUUACGUAUGGGUGGUCCCGGGGAUCGAACCCACUACCCUGGCGUUACAAGCGCCAUGCUCUACCAAUUGAGCUACAAAAAUCACCCAAGGGCCAAAUUCGGCUUGGGGAACCCUGCCCUACAAAGAUAUGGGAAAACAGAAUCCAUGUGAAAGCAUGAUAGCUUUUAGACAGACAAGACAACACUCCCAAACCAUGUUUCACUUCAGCAGACAACUUCAUCCUUAUUCCUAGCUAUGGUCAUGACUCCUCUCUCUCUCUCCUCUCACAGCAAGAGAAGCUGGGUGAUAUCUGCUUCUCCCUGCGAUACGUGCCCACCGCCGGCAAGCUGACCGUGGUCAUCCUGGAGGCCAAGAACCUGAAGAAGAUGGAUGUGGGAGGCUUGUCAGGUGAGCAGAGCAGAGCUGAGGGCCACAACAGACGCCUGAGGGCCACAAUAAGGAUGGCCAAGCAGGAUGAUUGACAGCCAGGGGGCCUAAGAUGGUAGUAAGGCAUUUUACCUCCAGACCUGCUCUCACCUGUGUCAUGUCCACUCAAUAGGAGGGGCUGUCAUUUUGAAACCCUCAGUCAAAGCCACACUCACUCUCUGGUAAUGAAUGCUUUCAGGGUGUUAUGUAUUAGAAACCAUUGUUUUGCCCUCUCCCCUCUCUGUGCUGUUCUAGUGUUUUUGCUGAAGGCUUGGUGAGUCAUUGUGGGGCCCAGUGUUUUGUCAGGGUGGACUUUGGGGAAAUUGGUGUCUGUUGGAGACAUUGAGCUCUGAUUGUGCGGUGCUUUCACUCCCCACUGGCUUUCCACACGACAUGCUCAUCUUUUGUCUAAGAAAAUGCAUCUUGGGCAGCAAUCACUUUAGUCUCUCCUAUCUUCCUGCAGCUAUUUCUCUCAAACAAUAACAGUCCCCUACCAAUCAUUGCCCAUCCUUAUAUCGGCAGUAGAAAACAGAUAGCAUCUGAAGUGACUAAUUUAUAUCUAAACUCUCCCUCCAAAAUGUAUUACCAAGCCAAACAUGUGCUGUGGACAUCAAUAGAAAUUGCAUUUUGUCCUCCAGAAUAAUGCCAAUGUGAAGGCCGCGGGUGAUGCCAACAGAACACGUGUUUAGACCCAGGUACUCCAGGGAUCAGUGGUGUGGGUGGUAGUUAAAGGGCUCCACUGUGCAGACCUGCUGUUGUGUGGGAGAAAAUACACAUGGACAGUAAUGAUUGCAGUGGGCAGUAAUGAACACCCUGCUUUAUGUUGAGGGGAGAUCCCAUAGGGACUACAAUAAAAAAAAGCUUUGGAAAGUCACCUGGCCAUUGUGGCCAUUGUUCACUAAUGCACUUGUAGAGGCUCAUAGAUAGAAAACAUUUCUAAUGAAUUGACCAACUCUGAAAAGCAAGCCUGACGCCAUGGUAACAGAAUGUUCCAUUUGCGAUUGUGACCACGCAUGCACGCAAGCACACACACAUGUGCAGGUGUUUGUGUAUUACAGAGAGUAAUCCAUCUAGUUUUCGUUGCUGCACCGCUCAGAGAGAAGCAAAGAAAUCUCAUUUUCUUAACCUCUGCUCUUUCCUCUGGGAAGGAGGGCUAUAUGGGUGCGGACCCCUUCUAGCAAGCAGAGCCAGCUGUGUGUAUUUCCUGUAUGGUCCUCGCAAUUUGGGCCAUUCAGGAGUUAGAAAUAGGAGCCCACCUGAACCAUUCAUCCCUCCACCCCUACAAAGAGCCCCCCCCCCCCAAUCCCCUAUCCUCCUCUUCCUCCCUGUCCUUCCUCCUCACCCUAACCCUCUCCAGGCUGCAGUUACCAUGCAUCUAGUCCAUUCUCCCCACCUCCCCGUUCUCCCCACCUCCCCCGCAUCAGUGCCUGACUUACCUAACAGAACCGCUACCUCACUCUAACAACCCAGGACCUUCCCUCAUCUGUCAGAGUAGUGUGCCUGGUAGCCAUUAGCCAGAACCCAUGCCUCCCCGCUGGUAUUUUCCACUCGUCGCAUUAGCUCUCAUCUGUCGUCAUUUGCAUCAUGGGAUUGGCCACAUCCUAAACUGUCAAUCAAGCUGAUGAGGUAAUAGAUGGGAGGCAGUUUGAAGGCCAGGCGGUUACUGUGAGAAACUAAUUCAGAAGGAAAGUGGUUAGGAAGGAUGGCUGGGCUUGACAUGCAAUAUGCCAGGGGUAAUUGGUGCAUGGUUUAUCUAGUGUGUUUAAAAGGUCAAAGCGGAGCAAAGUCUGGGGAUUUCAGGUUAAAUUAUUAACGUAUGGUAAUAGCAUGUUUUUCAUCUCAGUUGCCAUUGGAUUCAAGGCUCCGAACUAUGAUUUCCAUUUUAAUAGCGCAUUAGACUGGCUACACAGUUGUGUGUGGGUCUGUGUGUUGGUGUGUGUGUUGCAUGUGUCAGAGUGUGUUAGUGUGUGUGUGCAUGGAUGUCUCUCUUUGCAUACUCAUAUGAGCAUACUGUAUCAUAAAACUUGUAAGAGGAUAACAUGAUUUCUAGCCAAUGGCUUCUAGCCAUCCCAAUACGCUAUUGGCACAUCAUUUCUUUCUAAUCUAUCCAAUUGGUAAAGUACAUAACACUCUCACCUGGGUUUUAUCUGUUUGAAAAAUCCACAGAGGGAAUGAGAAUUAUAGGAGCUAUUGUUCGACUUUCAUGUUCCCCAUUGAAGUCCCAAACAGUAGGCUAGAUAACAGGCAUCUUGUUCCCACUCACACAGCUUAUUUGGAUGCUCAUGUUUUUGAAGUCAACUGAACAAUGAACAAGGUAGUGAAGCUGAACACCAUGACAGCAAUUUUACCUUUUUUAAAUGUUAUCAGAAAAUUGAAUUGAAGAAUAGCUUGUGCUUGGCUUGUUUUGUUCAAGUUUUGAAAGAGAGUGUUGUCAUUCCUUUUGAAAGGAGCCAAUACACUGGUAUCUCUCUCUCUCCGCCUCUGGGUUUGACUAACCAAAUAAACAAAUACCAAACAAGCAUUAGGGCAGAAAAUAUUGUUUUUGGACACCUGUACCUGACAAAAUGUUGUUCCAAUUCAGUUUUUCUAACAAGAUAUGGCAGAGUACUAUAUCUCAGUUAGCCCAUUGUUUGAAGAGGCAACUUCUUCAGAAGUGUCUUUCUGUCAAGAGAAUAGACGUCAAAGCCUGGCAGAUAGAUGAAAUAACAGGCAUGUAUAUAAUAACAAUAAUUAGUGACUAUCUCACAUCGUGACACAGCCAGAACUGGAAGAGGAGGACAAGUAAUUGAUGGCCUGGGAUUGGUCCUUUUCUCCGCUGCUGUCCUGUUUAUCGAGCCUAAUUAUUGCUCAGCAAACGAGACACCGCUAAUUUCAUUAAAAUAUGUAUAAUUAUUCAUAAUUAUUCUGAUUGCCCCAAAGAAUCAUAACAGCCAGAAUCGCUGUAUCAUGCUGUGCAGCAAACUUGUUUCAAACAUUUUUAAAAGAGCACCUAAUCUAAUCAUCGACAAAAGUUCUCAGCUGAGCCACUCCUGAAUCACAGUGGAAGGUUUAUUUUAACAGAACUACACUACCGGUCAAAAGUUUUUUUUUUUUUUUUUUUACUAUUUUCUACAUUGUAGAAUAAUAGUGAAUACAUCAAACUACGAAAUAACACAUAUGGAAUCAUGUAGUAACCAAAAAAAGUGUUAAACAAAUCAAAAUAUAUUUUAUAUUUGAGAUUCUUCAAAUAGCCACCCUUUGCCUUGAUGACAGCUUUGCACACGCUUGGCAUUCUCUCAACCAGCUUCAUGAUGUAGUCAGCUGGAAUGCAUUUCAAUUAACAGGUGUGCCUUCUUAAAAGUUAAUUUAUUGUAUAUCCCAGGAGGGACUUAUAAUACAGCACAUACCAUGCAAUGCAUCGCAGGCAAGAUACUUGCGUCUUUCUCAUCAUCUCUGCUGAAGAUGUACAGGUAACCUGUAUUAUAGACUCAAGGUGAGUCCCUAUAUUUAACUACAGUAUAUACUGUGACAAUGGAACAACUCUCGCUAGUAUGACUCACCACAGGAGAGCGCUCCAGCAGGGCUCUUCACUGGCUGUGUGCGGCACUGUGAUAACGGCCUAUUUCUAUGGGUGAAGUAUGUAGACCAUGUCCCCUCACAUAAAAGGUGUACAAGUGUGUAGAAGCAUGGAAGAGAACUCAGCGCCACUGCUGCCAACCUACAUACAGUGACGUAAAUCAAGAGCCAAUCAAAUCUGUGGUGGUAAAUAACAUAGUGCUAUAGAAUAGUAUCAGUGUUGCAUACAGAAGCACCGUGGAGGUUACUGGAGGAUGAGUACAUGCUUGUUAAGAUAAUGGAUGUACUAUCUCCACUGUGCCACCUCCCCCCCCCCCCCCCCCUCUCUCUCUCUACCUCUCUCUCUCUCGCUCUCUCGCUCUCUCUCAGUCACAGUGGAUAGUGAGGCUGUUCAUAACAGGAUAAUGGACCUUCUCAGUGAGGAGGUUAUCACAUCAACCAGUCCUCUAGUAUUAAUGAACCUGCACUGUCCUCACCCAGUGCUCCCACACCGCUCAACACCACACCACACCGCACACCAUCAAGCCUCUCGGCUGGAGACCAUAUUAUUUGUUUUGUUUCUCAUGCAUACUGCCCAGUUGAUUAAGGGAGCUCCAGGUUCACAGUGCCACUCCAGUUACUUACACAGCCAAGGUGUGGAAAGCAAUGAGGCCAGGUGCUAUUAUAAUGAUGAAUGAAUGGAAAACCAAUUUGGUUGUGAUUAGGGAAAUGCAGAAGUUUGGAAGUGUGUAUGUGUGCGCGUGUGUGUGCGUGCACAUGCGCAUGUGUGUGUGUACGGCAUGUGUGAGUUUUCCAUGCUCUGUGUGUGUCUGUGGUGUGUGUGCGCCGUAGUGGAGUUGCGUGCGAAUAAUUCAUGUCAAAUCCAAGUCUGUAAAACUGAGAUGACAGUGGGGCCCUGCAUGCCCCUCCUCCACGGCCCAUCCAGAACGAUGGGAGGGAAACUAAACUAAGAUGACAGCUAAGCUAUAUUUAACCUGCUUGAGUUGAUGUUCGUUCAACAUCUCGUACACAGCCCCCGCAAGCCAACACACAGCACGCUCGAGUAAGCAGCCAACGUUUACUAGCGGCUUUCGGUUUUUACCGCUUGGUCUUCUUACGCUCAAUAGACUAAUUAUGAUUGGCAUUGAUUGCUAUUCUCUUUCACUAAGGCCUAUAAUCCGAAGUAAACAGCAAUGACUAGCUAUCGACAAUCUUAAAGCCUAGAUCUUAGAGCUUCUGUUGAAUCUGACGGGUGAAUACACAGUAACGCUGACAUAGUCUCGUAACGGUAGGAAUGAAUAUAAUGUAUUUGUUUUGGAUGCACACACUGUCAUGUUAAAAGGUCCUCUGUCAUCUGUUUGUCACAGAGCCAGCUGGGAUAGAGAAGGUCCUGUUGUGGCUGCUGCUCUGACAGAUCGUAUGGGACAGGUGCCUGCAUUGUCUCCUCCACAAACACCUGCAGCCGACGUCGCUCAUGUCCUCCCCGUUAGUCACUUCUCCACACAUCUGCUACUUCCUGUUCACGGGGAAGGGAGGGAGACUCUUUAUAAAUGGGCACAGCAUCUUUUCAUAAUACCCCGGCCCAUUGCCAGUGAACCAGAUGAGUGACUGUCACGCUUGCGGCAAGGAUCUGCCUCCGUAUACCAAAGUGUAGACAGACACAGCGGACGGAGACAGCGCUCUCUCUCUCUCUCUCUCUCUCUCUCUUUGCAACAGGUGCAUCACAUCAGCUGCCGCGGCCACUCAUCCACAAAAUGGGCAGAGAUUAGAGCUGUCUGGGACGAGACGCCGAAAUGAGCCGGAUAUGAGUUGGGGUGCGUCGCCCGCCAAAACCCAAUAAUACUGGAAGCGAGAUAAGAAGAGUCUGGGUAGAAUAGGGCUGAAAGCCACGGGACACCACAGGUGUUUUUCUAAUGGUGGAGGGAUAGGUUAUCUGUGAUAACCCUGUCUGGUUAUUGUUGUUGUUGUGUGUAUUCAGCCUCAGUCUCUAAGGAUAGGGGGAUUCAUUUAUCCAGUGCUGGUCAUUCAGGGCCAGGCCCAGGCCUGUGUGGAUGGUCAAGAGGAGGCAGAGGCAGCCAAAUAUACGGUUGGAAUGGGAAGGAGUUGGAAUUUAUCUACAUGGUUGUGAAUGUGAGGUCUUUUUUAUACAGAGAUAAAAGAUUUCUGCGCAGGUUCAAGACUGUUGCAACUGAUGAUCAUGAGCAGGGUUGAAGAAAUACAGGGGUGUGUGAAUGACUGCCUGUGUGCGUUACAGCUUUCACAGCCAUGUAUCAGGAUCUGAAGCAGCAGGAUCUGUUAUCGGUCUGCUUUGACAGUCCCAACAAAGGCGAUUGAGCCUAACCUCCACAGAGACCUUGGGGACCAUACUUAGGUCAUCCACAAACUUCCCCCAUUAACUUCCAACCAUUACCUAGUAGAAAAGCUUCCUAUCAGUGUCAGCAGCAAAGGUGUAGAAGUCUGAUUGUUUGUAAUCGGCUCUCUCAUGACACAUCUUUAGUUUCCUACAGGGACAUUAGUAGAACCUAUAAAGGAGGGAACUUGGCUGAAAAUAAUUCACUGCACACUACAAAGAAGAAAGAGAAAAAACAGUAAAGGGGUUGUUGAUAGAAGAGUCUGAUAGAAAGUCCUAAUACGGCUAUGUGAUGCUCACAGUCUGACACUGAAGAAGAUUCCCAUUUAGAUACUGCUGGGCCUAUUCACUAACACACACACCUCUCAUCCUACUGCUGGGCCUAUUCACUAACACACACACACACCUCUCAUCCUACUGCUGGGCCUAUUCACUGACACACACACACCUCUCAUCCUACUGCUGGGCCUAUUCACUAACACACACACACCUCUCAUUCUACUGCUGGGCCUAUUCACUAACACACACACCUCUCAUCCUACUGCUGGGCCUAUUCACUAACACACACACACACCUCUCAUUCUACUGCUGGGCCUAUUCACUAACACACACACACCUCUAAUUCUACUGCUGGGCCUAUUCACUAACACACACACACCUCUCAUCCUACUGCUGGGCCUAUUCACUAUCACACACACCUCUCAUCCUACUGCUGGGCCUAUUCACUAACACACACACACACCUCUCAUUCUACUGCUGGGCCUAUUCACUAACACACACACACCUCUCAUUCUACUGCUGGGCUGCAUUCUCUUUCUCUCUCUCUAUUUCUCUCUCUCUUUGUUCUUUCUGUUCUCUCCAUUCUGGCCUUUCACUCUCUCGCUCCGUUCACUCAGUUCUCUCUGUCUUUCUCUCUUUCCCUCUGUCCAUUGCCUUUCUUUCUCUCUUUUUCAUUCUGUCUGUUCUGCUUCUCUUUUUCUCUGUCUCUUAAUGUACACUGCGCGCACAACUAUGGGAUGAGCCUGCCAGUGAGCAAUCAGCUCUUACAGAUGUAGGAUCUUAAUUUGAGCCAGUUUUCCACAGCUGGAAAAUAAUCCUGCAGCAACAGGAAAUGUGAAUUAUUAUGUGGAUUAUAAUUAAUGAACAUUUUUGUAGGGGUUGAUCCAUUUUUCGUUAAGGCAAAUCAAGUCUGAAAUUUUAAAGUGGCAAUUACAAACUUUAGAAGCCUUUUUAAAACUCAAAUACACUACAAGUUUGCGUUUCCUGCUGUGUAGGAACAUUCUCAGCAACAAAAGAGUGAUCAAAUUAAGAUCCUACAUCUGUAGUCUAUCACUCUAAAUUGGAUAACAGAUGUUUGCCAUUGCUUUUUUCAAUGUUUGCCACUACUAGGAAUCCCACAGAUGUUCCACAGUCAAAACUGUCUUUUCCAGCCAAAAGCCCAAUAAAGGCAUCUGGGAACCAGCAGUAUAUUAGAACAAGAGAGCAUUAUGAGGAUUGAUACUGAUGCCUUGCUUCAUUGAUCCAUUACCAUGCUGGUGCUCAGUUGUAACUACCAUCCUUUCCCUUAAUGUUAUUGGUCGUUUAGCCCAAUUACCAUGCCAUAUCCUAUUCUAUUUAUUUGUGUUUGUUGAUCCUAGAACCAACAAACGCUGUCUCGUCUUGAAAGAUAAAUGGCGUAACCUGUUUUCAUUAAGAUAAGUCUGUCUACUAUCUAGCUCAAAUUGGUUUCAAUGGCAGUCCAUUACCAAGGCUCAUUAGCUUUCCAAAACUCAAGCGUCUUGUCUCAAACAGGGUGCCACUCCUCUCCCUCCUCUCCCCCUCCACUUCCCACUUGUCAUUAGCAUUCAGGAGGAGUAAACAAAUCCGGAGUGCGAGCCAUGCUAGUCCAACGUCCUGAAUGCCAAUGAUAAAGCAGGAAGGCUGAUGGGUGAGUCUGCAUCUUUUACUGGUCCUCUUGACCUGAUUACCAGAGAGAGGGGGGCCACAGGGCCAACCACAGCAGGCCCACUCUGGAGAGGCUUGGAGUUGUCAUUAUUGGGGAACGGAAAUGAGGCCCUCCAGUGAAAGUGCUUCUGUAGGCGAAAACAUGAGCCACUUGAAAAAGAAGCGAAAUUCUAUUCAUAGAAAUUGUGCGCAACUCUGUUUCUCUUGCAUAUGAUUUGAAAUGGGUUUGUAAGUACGGUGAACGUUAUCAGACGAUAAAUCAAAAGAAACGGACCGACAAGGUGUGACUAUAACAUAUGAGUGCAUAUACACCAGAAAGGGAGGGUGUAUAUGCCUUGUGGCAGUAGGUUCUAACCUGGCCCUCUCUUCUUUCCUCAGAUCCCUACGUGAAGAUCCACCUGAUGCAGAACGGGAAAAGGCUGAAGAAGAAGAAGACGACAAUCAAGAAGAACACCCUCAACCCUUACUACAACGAGUCCUUCAGCUUUGAAGUGCCAUUUGAACAAAUCCAGGUAAUGGUGUUGUACAUCCCCAUGUCUUGGGAGUUCUCCAUGUUGUUGAAGCUU